AAUUUCAAAAAUUAAAUAAUAAAAAGACAUUAUUCAUGUUUCGAGAUUAUUAAAAUAUUUUGAAUAUUUGGAAAAACUUAAAAUUAAACAAAACAUAAUCAGUUUUGGUACAAAUUGCGUUUUCCAAUUAAAAAUGGUUACACCACUAUCGCUAUCUAUAGUGGAAGGAUUAUUGAAUGAAUUUUAUCUUUCGAAUACAAAUAACAUCCGUAAAAGAGAAAUUGAAACACAAUUAAUAACAUAUAAAAAUAGUGCUGAAUCGGUUCAUGAAUGUUUAGUUAGCUUAACAGAUAAUACUACCUCUACAAAUCAAUAUUUAUGGUUUUUUACUGCAUCAACAUUAGAACAUGCUAUAGUUCGUAAAUGGUCAACCUUAAAAUCAUUGGAUCGUAAUACUCUUAGAGAGCAAUUAUGGAGAUUUUAUGCAAAUUUACCAAUAGAUGGUAGCUAUCCUCGUCGACAAAGAAAUACUAUAGCUCAAUUAAUUGCCUUAAUUGGCAAACGUGAAUUUCCGGAUGAACAUCCAGCAUAUAUAACGCAUGUUAUUCAAUUAACACAGAAUAAAUUUUCAUUAGGAAUUACAUUAUUGAAAACUACUUCUGAAGAGGUUGUUAGUUUAAAGGAUGAUUUACCUACAGAUAGAAAGAAGUAUUUUCAAUCAUGUAUUUCAUUGUGUUUACCGGAAAUUAUCGAUAUAUUAGAUAAAUUUUUAGCCAUCACAGUUAAUUAUUUCAAUGGAACUGAUAUUCUUUUAAAUUCUAAUAUUAAUGUAGAUCCCGUAAUGGUUGCAUCACUGCCAAAUGACAAUCAAUUGCAUAAUUCGACGCGAGAUCUAUUAUCAUGUAUUCAGCAUUUUUUCUCAUGGAUUCCUUUAGAUAAUUUGAUCUCCGACUACUUCUUAUUGAAUAUUUUCAAUUUAAGCAAGUGGCGUGAUCAACAAAGUGAAAAAAUUAGUCGCUCUGCAAUAUCUGUAAUUAAUGAAUUAUUUUAUCUUCAACGUGCUAUACCAUCACCUCAAGUUAUAAUGAUGGGCAUAAAAGACUUAUUAGAUAAUAGUAAUUUAUAUAAAUCAAGUGAAGUUUAUCAAGACAGAUUUACUGAACUGUUAAGACUGUACACAGAUAAAUGUUGUGUCACACUAGUUGCUGACGAGCAAACAUUUCCUUCAUUACUAUUAUCUUUAUAUAAUUAUACAUUUGUAGGUAAUGGAGCUCUAGCUUUUACUGAAAGAUUGGAAAUAUGGUCGCCGAUAAUUAGAGCCUUAAUUCCCACGUCUUUUGGUCGUUACUCUGAAAUAAUGCAUUUACUUGUUGGUGGAAUUUUAAAGAAAAUGCAAUUUAGAUUUGAUCAAGAACAAGAACUAGAUACUUUAGAUAACGAGACCCUCGAUGAAGAUAUGGAGACUGAAUGGCAACAUUAUUUGAAUCUUUGUAUUGAAGUUAUAGCAUAUGUUGCUGAGGGAAGACCAAUUCCAGUAUUUGAACAAGUUUUCAAUGAUUGGCAACGACCAUUUGAAACAUUAAUAUUAUUAGAAAAAUCAAUUGAUAAUAAUACAUCAAUUGAUUUAAAUGAUCAAACAAAGUGCCAUUUUAUACAUAGUAAUUUACGCGAUCUAUCAUCACUUUGUCAAACAUUAGUUCGUUUAGCACCUGUACUUGAAGGUGGUUCUGGAAAAUAUUCAGAAAAUUUAUUACAAAUGACCCAAUGUUUAUUAUAUACUGUAAAAUUUUUAAGUAGUAAUAAAAUACAUUGCCUCAAUUGCGAAAAUUCCCCGUUGAUGUCUGAUUUUGUAGAAUUAUUUGCUCAAACUUUAUCAGCCAUUCGUUGUCUCCUCCCGUUGUCUCCUCUUUUGAAAUCUGAAACUGAACUGAAACAAUUGAUAGAGAACGUAGGUUCAAUUUUAUUGCCAAGCUCUAAACAAAAAUCUCGAAUUGUGUCAUUAUGUGCAGCUCAACUACUUCUUAGUAUAUCAUCAGUAAUAAAACCUCGAUUUAUGAUUGAAUGUUAUUCAAUAACGCAGCUCAUUCAAUGUGGUCCCGUUCUAGCUCAUUUACCUAAACCUGUUAUUUGCGCCAUAUAUGAAACUGUUAUAAAUUGUCUUACUUUGCCAUGGCAAAAUGUUCCCAGUCAACAACAAGAUUUUGAAAAAAGAAACAUAGCUUUACAGGAGUACAUUAAAUGUAUAUCCAAUGACUUUACUGAUCUAGACUACACAACGAUGGGUAAUGGCCAAGAACAGAAGAUUAUAACUAUAACAACUUCUAUUUUACCAAUUUUAAAAGAGGUUUUAGAUUAUUUUCGAGAAAGCAGUACGGCUGUGAAACAAAUGUUAACUAAUGCAGUUAAGCCUAUUAUAUCAAUGGCGUUAUCUAUAUUUAAUUACUACGGAUCUGUAAGUAAUGAAAUCACUGCCAGUGUGUCAGAAUUUUGCUUAAGUGUUUUAAGAACACUUCAAAUGCAGUUAGGUAUAAGUUUUGUUCGGGAAAUGCUUACUAUAUUCAUUGAUUCAACAAUAAGGGAGCAGUUAUCGGUGCGUCGUUUAAAGUCAAUAGAAAACAUUUUACAAAUGGUUUUGUUAGUUGUAGAACAACCGGGAAAUUCAACAAUGUCGUUAAUUCCAUCGAUUUUGACAUUGUCUUUAGACCACGUUUUACCUUUACUAUUGCAUGAUAAAAAUUUAAUGGAUUAUGCUGAAAUAUCAUACGCAUUAUAUGCAUUAUUUGAUGGAAUUUUACAACACCGUUGGCAAUAUUUCUUUAAAUCUCAAGCUCAAAGAGGAUUUUCGCCUGGUGCAAGUGAUUUUGUAACAUUACCUGAUGAAUUACCACAACGUUCUGAACAAUUAUCAACAAUUUUAACAUCAUAUGGAAGAGGUUUAGUAAAUUGUUCAAAUGAUCCACAUUUAGUUCGAACAAUUUUGAUAUCAUUACAAAAUUUAAAUGAACGUUGGCAAUUAUAUUAUAGAGAUUUUUUUAAAUCAAAUUUAUUACAAUCAUUUCAAUAUGCAUUAUUGAAUUUAAUGUUAAUACCUGAAGGUGCAAUACAUCAAGAGCUAUUGCUUCAAGUAUUAUUCGAUAUGGGCCAAGUCAAUAUCAAUAAACUUCAUGAAUCAUUUUUAUCAGUUGGAUUCACGAAUAAUUUAAAAUUUGUAGAAGAAAUAUGUUUGUCAACCGAUUUUCCAACAUUUUCGCAUAAAAUGAAUCAACUCGUUCAAGAUCAAAGAUAUAUUCGUCUAUUACAAUAGUACAUUGAAAUUGAAAAAUCAAAAUAUUAAUACAAAAUAAGUAACUUGUUACUUAUUUUGUAAAUUUAACAAUACAAAAAUCCAAUACAAAAUUUUUUUAUAAAAAUUUAUUAAAAUUCCUUUAAUUUUGUAACAAUUUAU